AUGGCUCAAGUUAAGGUACUCUUCACCGGAGCCACCGGCUACAUUGGAGGAUCUGUCCUCACAGCUCUGAUAACCUCCCAAAACUCAACCAUCAAGAACGGCAUCGAGAUCACCGCUUUGGUCCGCAAACAAGAGCAGAUGCAGGUCCUUGAGAAGGCAGAUGUCAAAGCUUUGCUAUGCAACGGCCUGGACGAUAUUGCUCAAAUGGAGAGAUUUGCGAAAGAUUAUGAUAUGGUCAUUCAUACCGCGUCGACUCUGCAUACAGAGACAAUUCAGGCGAUGAUUGCAGGCUUAGGCGCUAGGAAGAGAGAUACAGGGAGGGAUGUCUUCUUCAUACAUACCGCAGGAACAGGCAGCAUGGCCGACCGCCCCAUCACAGGCUCUUAUAUUGAAAAUGAAGAUCGCAUCUUCUCUGACAAAACCGAAAAUAUCUACGCCUACCUCAAGUCCCGCCAGUCAACCGAAAACCUCCCCGUCCGCCGCAGCGAUGUCGCCAUUGUCGAAAAAAGCCGUGCCCUAAACGUCCCCACGUACAUCCUCAUGUCUCCGCUGAUUUACGGCAUCGGCACGGGCCUGUUCAACAAACAGUCCAUUCAGAUCCCCGCUAUGAUCCGCGGAGCUUUGCAGGCGGGUCGCGCGGAGGUCGUCGGUGAUGGGCGCCAGCGGUGGGGGAAUGUGCAUGUUGCUGAUUUGGGGCGGUUAUAUGAGUUGUUUGUUGGGAGAGUUUUGGCUGGGGAGAAUAUGCCCGCUGGGGAGAGGGGGGUUUAUUUUACUAUUGCUGGAGAGCAUCGGUGGGUGGAUAUUGCGGAGGGGAUUGGGAGGGUUGGACGUGCGCUCGGGAUCUUGGAGAGUGAGGAGGUGAGGUAUGUUUCGUUGGAGGAUGCGGCUGGGAAGUGGUUGGGUGGGAAUCCGGUCUUUACGGAGACUGUAUUUGCUUCGAACGCCAGAGCAAGGUCUGAUCUAGCGCGAGAGCUGGGCUGGAAGCCUGAGUUCGAUGAAACCCAUCUGCAAUCUGCCAUUGAAGAGGAUAUGAAAGUUAUUCUGGGACGCACUACGGCCUGA